AUCGGAGCAAAAUUUAAAAUUCGCAGUUCGCAACUGGACGUAGGAAUCAUAAUAGAAUUAAAAUGAGCAACAAAAUAAUAAAAUUAAACUUGGGUUCAAUGGCCGUGAAACCGAAGAAGACUGCGGCGUCUGACGCUGAACAAAUCUCUAAGCUACGAGCAUCGCAGUCUCCAAUCGCAAUAUCUGUGAACCGAUGUCCCACGUGGACCUCUCUCGAUCCGCUUAAAUUUAAAGGAUAUUGGGAUAAUGUUGGAAGCGGAAUUUUACUCAAUACGGGGCAGACUGCAUACUUCACAUUUGAAACGAAAUCGCAGCCCAGACUGAGUGGUGGUCCCGUGAUCGGUGAAUACAUAUUCGAGCAGAUGCACUUCCACUGGUCAGUCGACGACUUUACAGGCUGCGAACAUGUGUUGGAUGGUCAUGGAUAUGCAGCAGAAUGUCAUUUAGUUCACUACAAUAGUAAGUAUGAGUCGAUGGAGGCUGCGGUGGCGCACCCCGAUGGUCUGGCCGUAGUUGGGUUUCUAUUAGAAGCUGUGGACGCACCCAACCCGAGUUUCGACAAGUUUGUCGAAGGCUUGGAUCAGAUUCGGAAACAGGAUACUGCGGUGCAAUUACCCUCACAGUCAUUAGCAUGGAUCGACAGAGAAGACGUGACGAGCGGUAGUUACGUGACAUACAAAGGAUCUCUGACGACGCCGCCUUACACAGAAUGCGUCACGUGGAUCAUCUACGAGAAGCCCGUUCAAAUUGGAACUGAACAACUCGGACUUUUGAGGCAAUUGGAAGGCGCCGGGAGCAUUCCCAUUGAACGCAACGUGAGGCCUACUCAACGACAUCCUCCCGGACAUUCCGUUAUAUAUGUGGACCAAGUCAAAUCCAAGCUGUGACAGUUAUGUGACAUUAUUGAAGCUACACUUAUUAAAUAUUUUCGCAAUA